UAACAGUAUAUAAAGGGUACCAAAUGGUAAGAAAGCAUAGUUACCCUCAGGGAUUCUAGACGAAGACCAUGGCAGCCUACACAUUCGCUUUCGCCGCUAUCGGCUUGAUUGCACUCCUGGGACAGACGAGUGGCCUGCCCUGCGCAACAUGCCCUGGCGGUCAGUGGACUGCUCCUCCAGCAAACCAACAUCAUGCACCAGCACCUCAACAGCAGCCACAGAACGGCGGCAGCGGCGGACUACUGGGCGGCGGUCUAGUUGGAAACAACGACAUCUUGAAUGGUGUUCUCAGUAAUAACUACAAGCCGUCACCGGCCUCUCAAGCCCCUGUACAACAGCAGUGGCAGCCUCAGAACCCCGGACUAGUGCAAGGUUUACUAGGAGGCCCUUUGCUUUCAGACAACAGUAUCUUGAAUGGUCUUGGCAGUAAUAAUUACAAGCCGUCAUCGGCCCCUAAAGGUUCUCAGUGGGAUAGUCCUCAGCAACAGUGGACACCCUCGCAACCGCAACACCCUGCACCAGCACCUCAACAGCAGCUACAGAACGGCGGCAGCGGCGGACUACUGGGCGGCGGUCUAGUUGGAAACAACGACAUCUUGAAUGGUGUUCUCAGUAAUAACUACAAGCCGUCACCGGCCUCUCAAGCCCCUGUACAACAGCAGUGGCAGCCUCAGAACCCCGGACUAGUGCAAGGUUUACUAGGAGGCCCUUUGCUUUCAGACAACAGUAUCUUGAAUGGUCUUGGCAGUAAUAAUUACAAGCCGUCAUCGGCCCCUAAAGGUGGAAGAGGCCUUAUUAGUGGCAAUAAUAUCGGAGAUGGAAUAUUGUCCAACCAUUAGACUACAGACUACAGGUCGGCAAUGGAAGGACAUCUACACUACAUAAAUCAUUUUGAUAUUAUUUAUGUGAAAUAAAUAUUUAUUGACAGUAA